CCCUACAUGCCGCAGAGCACCUGGAAGACCGAGCCAGCGUAUCCUGCCAGUAACACCGUGGGCCAGGCUCCUCCCGGGCUCUACCAGCCGCCCAGCACAAAGAAGACCUACAUCACUGACCCGGUGCUGGCUCCACAGCCGCCUGCAAUGCAGCAAAAGAGUGGGUAUCCAAGCUCUGGACCUGCAUCAAGCACUCCUGCCUUCAGGCCUGAGGACGAGCUGGAACAUCUGACCAAGAAAAUGCUGUAUGACAUGGAGAAUCCUCCCUCUGAUGACUACUUUGGCCGCUGUGCCCGCUGUGGGGAGAAUGUUGUUGGGGAAGGCACUGGCUGCACAGCUAUGGACCAGGUCUUCCAUGUGGAGUGCUUCACCUGCAUGAUGUGCAACAACAAGCUGAGGGGACAGCCUUUCUACGCAGUGGAGAAGAAAGCCUACUGUGAACCCUGCUAUAUUAACACGCUGGAGCAAUGCAGCGUCUGUGCAAAGCCCAUCAUGGAAAGGAUCCUCCGAGCCACCGGGAAGGCCUACCAUCCCCACUGCUUCACCUGCGUGAUGUGCCAUCGCAGCCUGGAUGGGAUCCCCUUCACCGUGGAUGCUGGUGGGAACAUCCACUGCAUCGAGGAUUUCCAUAAGAAAUUUGCACCCAGAUGUUCAGUGUGUAAGGAGCCCAUCAUGCCAGCCCCGGGACAAGAGGAGACUGUACGCAUUGUCGCCUUGGAUCGUGACUUCCAUGUCCAGUGCUACCGAUGUGAGGACUGUGGUGGCCUCCUGUCUGAAGGGGACAAUCAGGGCUGUUACCCUCUGGAUGGGCACAUCCUUUGCAAGACCUGCAACUCUGCUCGGAUCCAGGCUCUGACUGCCAAGGCCAGCACUGAUCUCUGA